AUACUUGCAGUCAUUUAACGAUUAACAUACAAACCGGCAUACAUAUGUAUGUACAUACAUAGCACCAUUUGUGCACCAAGCAUAAACACACACAGAGUGCUGAGUUAUUGGACAGCCAGCCACCAGCCAUCAACCCAACCAGUGAGCCAGUCAACCUACGAGAAUGUUGCUCAAUGUGCAACCAACUGAGGCAUGCAUAUCGGGAAAACAGUGAAAGUGAUUUCAAAGGAUUAAAGAAGUGUUUUUCAUGAAGAAAUUAAAAAAGUUAAUAAAGCUUGAGUGAAGUGUAGAAGGCACCAACUUAUUGAUAUCAAUAAGUAUGUAUUAUAAGUAUUAAUAAGAAUUAAUUAAAUCAACGAAUUAACUCAAUUAAAAACUCAAAUGAAUAAUAAAUUACAUAAAUUUAAUUAGUAUACAAUAAAAACCAACGAAAACUAAAAUAGUAAAAACUCCAUAAUAAAUAUUUUCAACCUAAAAUUUAAAUUAAAAUAAUCAACUCUAGAUACGUGAACUCACCAAUAAAACUCCAAAUCAUUAAAAGAAUUACCUACCAUAAACCUAGGCAGUCGAGCGCAAAUUAAAAAAAAAACAAACCUAAACGUAAUUAGCAUAAUUCUGCAAUUACUUGCUUUUUAAAUCAAAGAGAAAACUCAAACGAAAAAAAAAUUUCAACCAAAAAUGCUCCUCACCUCGAACAACAACACUACCAACAAUCAUAGCUACAGCAAUCACACCAUUAGUAGUGGCAGUGGCAACAAUAGCAGCCACAGCAUGACCACCACCACUUCAACGUCCACGUCGACUCCCACGCCGGGCUGUUCCUCCACAUCGUCCAAUCAUACGCUGUUGGAGCCCUCAGCCGCCUGGGCACAGCUGCCCAAUGUCGGCACCUCAGCGGCAUCUUUGGCCGCUGCUGUCGGCGGGCCAAGCAACUCACGUCCACCAUCACGUGCGCCCUCAAUUUUGGAUAGCCCCACCUUGGCGCGCGUGGAACGUGCUCGCUUGCGGCUGGAAGCUACGACAUUGCAGCAACAGCAACAACAUCAACAUCACCAAAUGUAUACGAAUGGUAGUAGUAGUGGCAGCAAUGCAACCACGCUGAAUCGAGAGGGCAGCUUAGAGCGGAGCAUUUUGGAUCCGAAGCAAUCUCUGCUUGCCGGUCGCAUACCAGUCACCUCAAUGACAGGUCCAAUUAAACGUGGCCUGCUGUGGCAGCAACGUGACCGCCUUUUUUCACGCUGGAAGGAAAGGUACUUCGUAUUAACACGCGAUUAUCUGCAUUGUUUCAAGAGAGCAUCUGGUUCAGCUAACGAACGUGCCUCCGAUAUGGGGCAAUUUAUAUUUAAGGUGAAGCUGGUCGAUGUGGAAAAGGUGGAAUGGCUGAAUAGGCGUUCAUACAGCGCCAUCGGUUUGCUAUUGGGUCGUGAGGGACGCAUUUUAUUGCGCUGCGAUAACGGCUUGGAAGACUGGUUCGAGUUGUUGGAGGAAUGCACUCUCUUCUCGAAGCAACGCCGCCAUGCUCUCAAGAUCGCACAAGGUCCACGUUCGCGCGCCUCCCUCGCCGCACCAGUCUCACACGCGGCGCUCGAAUCACAACACUUCGGUUUGGGCAGCAGCUAUUCUAGCGCUCUGGAAGAUUGGCUCAUGACAAAUGGUAGCGGCAUGGGUGGACGCAAUAAAAUUGCUACUGGCUGUGGUUUUGGCGGCAACGGCACCAAUCCAUUCCUUUUCUCCGACUCUGUGCCUGACUUGAGCGCACUUAACAACGAUCAUCAUCAACGCAUCUCUGGCUAUUCAACCAAUCAUUCCACACCACAAAAGAUACCCUAUUCGCGUCAAAGUGAGAAUGCUAAUCAUAGCCGUUAUUCGAAUGGUUACGCCUCGCAGAAUAACUCAUUCAACAAUUGCCCAGCUGUUGGCGGAGCCUACGAUUCACCACGACGCAUUUUCAUUAACAAAGAUUUCACAUCAAAUCAAGUGGUCGACGAGGAGGCCGAUGAUGAUGAGAAAGUUGAGCUGCGACGUCCACAGGCCUACAACGGCAGCGGUGCCGCCCAUAAGGUCAACAAUGACAACAACGAUUUGGAGAAUGGCAAUGUGGUGGAUGGUGAAUGGUUGUAUCGCAAGCCAAGAGCACCAACCGACAUGCGGCAUUCGGUACAACCAAUGCUGCCCACCAAUAACAAUUACAACAACUUAAAGAGCUCAUCAAAGAUUCCUGUAACCGACUUAGAUCACUCAGCCCAUGAUAGCGGCCUCGAUACACCACCGUCCACAAAUCAACGUCCAUCCAGUUAUCGUGAGAUUAUCACACGCACGCCUGUACGCGAAGCCAUCAACGAAUCCGUGGUCCGUUCAUCACAUGGCAAUUUACUCAAUGGCAGUUUUCGUGCCAAGCAAAUAACUCAUCUUACGAAUAAUAUGAAUCAGGUGAAUGCGCUGCAUAGCUCUCAUCUGAGCGUGCAGGAACGCAUUCUACAAAUGCGCAACGAAGAGAAUCGCUGGGGUUCGCUGAAGUCCGAAGCUAAUCGCUACAGUCACAAUGCCCUCUACGAUCAGAAUAAGAAUCCCUACCCGGAGAGCGUCAAUCAAUCGCCACAACGAACUCCUUUCAAGAAGCACUCGCUCAUCGGUUACGGUCGUUCAAUUAGUCACGACACUAACGGCACAAUGAACGGUAAUUCACAGAUGAAGGGUUCGUCCAUAUUGCGUGAGCGUUUUCAGCAUCCCGCUUUGGCGGCAAUCAAAGCUUUUUACUGAUAAAUAAUUAAUAACGAUUAUUUUCUAUCACAAUAGCAUUAUUAUUACUAAAUACUUAUACACAUGCAUGCAUGUUAGUAUGUAUGCGUUCGGUAAAAAAAAUACAUAUAUGUAUUAGCUAAAUACUCGUAGUGAAAGCUUAAAAAAUUAAAGUAAUUG